AAUUAAAAAAUUUAAAAAAAUCAACUAAACAAAACAGCAACAACGCUAGUAACCUGCCAACAAAAGACACCAACAACUCAUGCGGUGCCUGAAAAAGUACAUCAUCAUCGCCUUACAACAAUCACAACAACAACAACAACAGCAACACCAACAAAAACAACAAGCAAGUGCCUCCGCCUCCCCAGAGGCCAGGGGACUAGGAAUAGGAAUAGGAUCAGAAACCGAAACAGAAAUCAGAAACCGACGACCAGGAACUGGACCGAACACCCACACCCCCCAUCAUUCGUGGGCGGCAGCUAAAUCGCCCAGAUAUCUUGGAUUAAUCAUCACUUAGCUGACGCCGCCGCCGCCGCCACGCCCCAAAGCGGGUGUAUGGGGGAUGCGUUCUAUGUCAACAACAACAACAACAACAGCAGCAACACCUUUAACUUCACCAACGAUCACAGCAGGCUAUGGAUAUACAUAUGAAGAAACUAACUAAACCACGCAUGGAGGAAUACGAGCGACGGAAGCGACGAGAACGUGAGAAAAUCGAACGGCAACAGGGGAUACAGAUCGAUGAUCGGGAGACGGCUCUGUUUAGCGAGCCGCGACGGCUGACGGAGGGCGAUGCCGAGAUCACGGCCGCCCUGGGGGAGUUCGGCGAUGCGAGGGUCUACAUCAAUCAGUCAACGGUGGGGAUUAGUCGGCACGCGCCCGGCGCCGGCAAUCCGCGUCUGCAGGCACCGCCGCCGCCCAAAACCCUCGGCCAUUCGCACUCACCCUCGUCCUCCUCCGCCGCCGGCUCCGGCUCCGGCUCAGCCCUGCCCGGCCAGAGCCAGAGCCAGCAGCAGCAACAGAAGCAGCAUUACCAGCAGCAACAGCAGCAGCAGCGACCUCCGGGCUAUCUGAAGCAGGCGGACAACAAGCCGCCGUACAACGGACGCGGCGGCUACCCGGGGCAGCCCAUGAAGAACGAUAUACCCUCGAGUAGUGGCAUGGCCCCGCCCCGGGGACCGCCCAGAUCUGGCUCUGGCUCCAUCUCAAACUCCAGCAGCAACUCGUCCAGCGCCACAAACAAUGCCACCGGCGGAGCCGCCGGCACGACUCCCCUGGGUCCGCCCUUGUCCACGCAGAUGCCCAAUGGGCGGGAGAAAUCGUUUCUGGGACCACCGGCGCCAGCGCUCCACAAUGGCGCUGGGCUCUUUGUGCCUCCAGCGGCCAGCAAGCGGCCCGGCGGCGGCAGUGGCGCCGGACUGCAGCCGCCCCCGCCAGAGAAGGACAUCACCAAGAUGAUCAGCGAGAUGACGAACAGCUUUCGGGUGACGGCCCCUCUGACGUCGAUAGCGGCCACUCCGCACGCCCCGACGCGAGAGAACUACAACCUGAACGGACCCAACACGAACAAGUAUGCCUUUGGCCCGAUCGGCUCGCCGCCCAUCGGCUCCCAGCCCUCGUCCCUGAUGACCCCGCUGUUCGCCCCCAUUGCGCCCAUCGCCUCGCCCAUUACCUCCCUGCUGACGACCCCGCCACACGCUAGUCAGGGAUCCCUAGGCGGCGCGAGCCCCGUGGCGCCGCUGCAACAACUGCCGCCGACGCCGCCCAAGGCUGCGGCCGCUCUCUCCCCCACAGCAGCGGCCAAGCCGCUCAAGACGGAGAAGAACCAUACGUUGGAGAAGCAGGAUUCAUGCCUCGAGAACGAUCUGGAGCUGUCCGAGUCGGAGGACGAGCAGCGCAAGAAGGAGAGCAGGUCGGCGGGAAACAGCAGCAACAGCUCCGAGUCGGAUUCCAGCGAAUCGGGCAGCGAGUCGAGCAGCAAGGGAGACCACCAGCAGCAGCACCACCAUCACAACCAUCACCACCAGCAGCAGCAGCAACAACUGCAGCUGCAGCAGCAGCAACAGCUCCUCCAGCAGAAGCAGCAGCAUCAGCAGAUCCUCCAGCAGCAGCAGCGACAAUUGACGGCAAAUGGCAGCAAGAAAAAGUACAGCCACUCGAUCAUUGCCGGAGGCGGAAGCACAAUAAGUGGACUGCUGACGUCCAGUGGGUUCGGCAGCGGAGGCGCUGGCAAUGGCGGAUGCUCCACAGCGAGCUCUGGCGGGGGCGGAGGAGGCAGCGGGUCGGGCGGAGGAUCGGGCAGCAGCUCGGGCAUCGGGACCAUGAGCAGCGGCAGCUCCUCGAACAAGACGCCCUCGCCCACGGAGAGCAACAAGUGGACGCUGAGUCGCUUCUUUCCGAAGCCGGCCAACCAGACCAGCUCUGAGAGCGUCUCGCCCGGGAAUGUGAGCAUGAAGGUGCCUGGCAUCCUGCCAGGCGGCGCUCAGAUCAUACCCGAGUCGAUUGAGGUGACCACGGCCAUUGUGAAGAACGAGAAGAUCCACGAUGACCACAUGGACAUGGACGAGGUCGAGGAGGAGGACGAGGAUGAGGAGCAACUGCAGCAGCAGCAGCAGCUGCGCUACGGCGCCGGACUGAGUGUCACCCCCGUGGCGGUGGCCGUCAAGAAGGAGGCCCUGGACGGCGUGGGGGAGAUGGGGGGUCUGCCGGCGAUACCAAAAAACCAGAUAAAACGGGAAGCGGAGGCCCUGCACUCCGCCGCUCGUCUAUCGGACUCCGGGACCAGUGGCAGCGGCAGCACCUCCAGCAGCAGCAGCAGCUCGGAUAGUGCCCCCGGCGAGGUGGUGCCGAUGCCGGGCCCCGGCGAGACGCUGCAGCUUCCGGGAGUGCCGGCUGCCAUUACGACGGUGAUGCGGGUGCACCCGACACUGAUGCAGAAGGCUCCGCCAAAUAGUGUCACCCUCACGCCCAUUCUGCCGCUCCCCGCCUCGCCCAAGCAGCGCCAGAAGAAGCCGCGCAAGAAGAAGCCCGCCACCAGCGCCCCCAUUCUGGACUCCAGCGACGAUGAUGACCCGCCGGCUGCCAAGCAUGCCCUAGAAUUGUCCGCCGCCGCUGCAGCUGCGGCUCAGGCCCAGGCCACGGCCACUGUUCCGCCGCUGGCCGUGAAGAAGGGACGCGGCAGGCCUAGGAAGCAGCAGCAGAGUGGCGGCAGUGGGAACCUGAGCAGUGCCUCGGCCGGCAGCAGCUCCCAGACGAAGGGACCCACGCUGACGGCCGCCAAGAAGCCGCUGGUCAAAGGCCCCGCCAUGGCCAAUUCGAGGAAACGAGACCAUUCCAGUCAGAGCAGCUCCAACGGCAACACACCCACAAAGAAGCUAGCCAUGGGCACGGGCACAGGCACAGGCACAGGCACGGCCAUGGCAGUGCCCAUGACAGUGAUACCAUCCGGUCCGGCCAAUGCCAGUGCGGUGGCAGCGGCCAGCAGCAGCUCCGACGAGGACAGCUCGUCGAGUACCGGUUCCACUGGCUCCAAGUCGAGCAGCUCCUCCAGCAGCAGCGACGACACAGAGACCACCCAGAACACAAAGUGUCGGAUCGUGAAACUGAACAAAACGGGAGCAGUGCCGCCCCUGGCCCGCUUGGGAGCUGUUGCUAGCGCGGGUGCGGGUGCAGGGGCCAGUGGGAGCAGUUCCCCGAGCAGCAGCAGCAGCGAGCCCGAGGAUCAUCUGGCCAUGAGCACGGUCAGCGCCCUGCCUAUGGCCCAGCAGUUGAUGCAGCCGUACAAGCCGCGAGCCGUCAGCCAGCACAGUCAGCAGCUGAGCAGCUCCGAGUGCUCUUCGUCGAGCGGCAGCAGUACCAGCGGCGACGAGGACGAGGCCAAGCGGGAGAAGGAGCGGGAGCGCAAGCGGAAGAGCGACAAGAACAAGAUCAGCACGCUGACGCGCAUCUUCAAUCCCAAGGAGGGGGGCGCCAAGAAGCAAGGCCAGGUGGUGAUCAUGGACCAGUCGGAGGAGCAGCAGCAGGUCAAGGUCGGCGACUCCUCCUCCCAGCCAGUCCCAGUCCAAAACGCGGCGAUAGCCAAGCUCCGCAUGACGCCCACCCAGCAGCAGCAGCAGCAGCAGCUGGGCGCAGGUCUGGCCUCCCCGGCACGGACCACGACCCCGCAUUUGACAUCGCUGAUAUGCAAGAUUGACCUCAGCAAGCUCUCCCGCGAGCGGAUCAUGCGGCUGAAGAAGCUCACACCCUCCCAGCAGAACGGACAUCUGACGCCCAAAGAUCUGGUCACGAUCCAGACACAGGGACCGUCACAGCCCGUACAGGUUUCGGCCCCGCAUUUAACACCCAACGGCUAUGCCGGAGAUGGGCAUGGGCAUGGGCAUGGACAUGGGCAUGGGCAGGGGCAGGUGCAGGGGCAUCUGCUGCCUGCAAAGGUGAAGCACGAGCAUCCGCAUCCGGUCAAGCCGGAGCCAGAGCUGGAUGCCGGCUACGAGAGCAAGUUCAAGCCCGGCAACGUGAAGCAAGAGUUCCAGCUGAAGCAGGAGAGGGAUCGUGAGCGGGAGAGGGAAAGGGAUCGGGAUCGAGAGCGGGAGCGGGAGAGAGAACGGGACCGGGAACGAGAGCGGGAACAGCCAACAGGAGGACGUCGGCGCAAGCGCAGCUCUAGCUCCAGUUCGAGUCCGUACAAGGAGAAGAAGCGGAAAAAGGAGAAGUCCGACCAUCUGCAGAUCAGCAAGGACCAGCUGCUGCCGGUGCCUGUCCUGCUGCCUUCCAACAACCACGAGCGAAUAUCCUGCCACGAGCGGUUGUCUUUUGACAAGCUUCAGCUGCUUCAUGAAGACGCUGCUGCCGUCGCCGCUGCCGCUGCCGCUGUCUCUGCCCCGAACGGUAGUCCCAGCAAGAAGCUGCUGGUCAUGUCACCGCUACCGCCUCCACCAACAGCCGUAGUCGUGCCCCCCGCCGUUGUGGCGCCCUCCACAUGCAGCGAAGCUGUGCAGACGACUCCCCCGUCGGCAGCAGCAACGGCCACAGCGGCCACAUCCACGACGGGGACCUCAACGGCUCCACCGGCGCCGGUCACGCGUCUCAUAUAUCGAUCCUACUUCGAUCGUGAGGAAGAGCCCCACAGCGAUGACCACAGAAAAAACAAUCAGUUCCUGGUGGAGGCCGUCAACCGGAAGCAUGCUGCCGACUCGGAGCGCGACUCCUUCAAUCAGGUCACCCUCUAUUUGGAAGCCGUUGUCUACUUCCUCCUUACCGCCGAUUCCAUGGAACGCAGCAGCUCUGAGCAGGCCACAUGGACCAUAUACAAGGACACCCUGUCGCUAAUUAAAUUCAUUUCCUCCAAGUUUCGGCCCUACCAGCAGUCAACGAACGGACAGCACGAAACGCACAACAAAGUGGCCAUACUAAGCUUGCGCUGCCAGUCGUUGAUAUCGCUUAAGUUGUACAAGCUGCGACGGACCAAUUGUCGCACUGUCAUCAACAGCCUAACGGAGUUCUUUCGCACCGGCAGGGGGGACAUUGUCAAUGGCAAUACGCCGUCCUCCAUAUCACCAUCGAACUCGGUGGGCUCACAGGGCUCCGGUUCGAAUACGCCGCCAGGAAAAAUAGUGCCUCAAGAAAUACACACUCAGCUGUCGAAGCAGAAUGAGUAUCUGACCUAUGUGAAUAGUGCUCACGAGUUGUGGGAUCAAGCCGAUCGACUGGUGCGCACAGGCAAUCAUAUAGAUUUCUUCCGCGAACUGGAUCACGAGAAUGGCCCGCUGACGCUGCAUAGCACCAUGCCUGAGGUGUUUCGAUAUGUGCAGGCGGGCCUCAAGACGCUCAGGGAUGCUGUGUCGCAUCCGACGCAACAGACGCUGCAUCAGUCGCACUAACGACAGCAGGAACAGCCGCAAAGGGAACGACAGCGGAACCAGAAGCAGAAGCAGAAGCUGAAACAGAAACAGAAACAUAAACACCACCACCAAACGUGUCUAAAUAAAAGUCAGGCCAAAUUAGCAACUAUUAUACACUACAAGCUACUAAUUUAGUUAAUCAAGAAACACUACACGCAAUGAAAAGAAACGAAACUAAACGGAAUAAUCCAAGAACCUUCCAACAGAACAGCAAGGAGAGAACCAACCAACCAACCAACCAAUCAACCAAUCAACCACAACACAACAAAUA